GUGCCGGUCGGUGCUGACAGAAAAUCGCAUUCUCGGAUCUGGUUGUCGCUCAGCCGCCUCUCUCUCGCUUGGCCAUGGCGACGCGGUUUGCCCACGACCGCCAUGCCCGCCACGGCGAGUUGACCCCAGCCAAACAGCCUGGAUUUGUCACAAGCGGCCAUCGGAUCCCAAGGGACUGGGACAUGCUCUGCCGAGCCAACCGAUUGAAAAGACCCUGCAUUCCGCGUCGUCGUCACCAUCUCAACAGACGCCCUCCUCCGCAACAUGAGCACUACCGCCUCCUUCUGGGACGAGCGCUUCCAGCCCAAUGCUGGAUUCGCCUACGGCCGCGCCCCAAACGACUUCCUUGUCGAAGCAGCUCGCCGCCUCAAGCCCAACUCCAAGAUCCUUUCGCUCGCCGAGGGCGAAGGCCGCAACGCAAUCUAUCUGGCUCAGCAAGGCCACUCGGUUCACUGCGUCGACUUUUCCCGGGUCGGUCUCGCCAAGACGGACGAGUGGGCUCAGCAACUCGGGCUAUCGUCCCUGAUCACCACCGAGUUUGGCGAUCUGGCCAUCUACAAUCUCGGAGAGGGUGAAUGGGACGCGAUUGUCUCGAUCUGGUGCCAUCUGCCCGCCGACAUCCGUAAACGGGUCCAUCAUGACGCCGAGCGAGCUCUCAAGCCCCAGGGUGUUGUCAUCCUGGAGGCCUACACCCCAAACAAUAUUGGCCGUGGUACCGGCGGCCCGCGCGAGCCCGAAAUGUGCAUGGACACUGCAACCCUGCGUGGGGAUUUUGCUGGUCUAAGCAUCGAAUAUCUCGAGGAAAAGGAGCGAGAGAUUGUCGAGGGAGGCUACCACAGCGGCCUCUCUGCGACUGUUCAGCUGAUCGCUCGACGAAUCCAAUGAGCCAUCAAUGCAGCCCGCGAAGGACAAAAUGAGACCGUGUGCAUAUGGCCGCUGCACCAAACAUGGACAUGAAGCCCGGCGGUUCACAGGCCGCAUGGUCAUUGUUUUUCGGUCCUGGUCGGCCAUUGUUUCGUGUUUUGUUUACAGGCAAUCCAAUAAAAAACGGGACACCCGGGUUUUUGACCAUUCAUCGAA